AUGACGUCUCCGAGAUCCUGGUUCGACCAGGGAUCUUCACGGGGGCGCUACGAUCGUGGUAGUAUUAUUACCACCGAUGAUGGAACCCAAUGGGAAGUCCGCGAACGCCUUAAGCAAGACGAAAUCCAGAGAGUGGCGAACUCACGUAUCUCACCUAGCUAUGCUACCCUAAAGCUUCGCUGUAUAAAAGCUAACGCUAGCCCGAGCGAGAGAACAAACCAAGCGUUUUUACGGGUGUAUCUCCAGAUUCCCCAUAUCGGAUCGGAGUUCGAGGAUUCUAACGCUCGCGCCGCGCAAGCCGAUCACACCUUUCAGCCUGAGGAGCUUAACGCAUAUACUAUCCUUAACAAUCAUCUAACAGGGCCCUUAGGCUUUAUUCCUAGUGGGUUUCUUAUCGUCGUUGUAUGGGAAAUGGUCCAGGGACUUCCCCUCGGCGAUCUAAGUGGAAAGGCGACUAGAUAUUGGACUUUACCGGGGAGCGAGCGUGCUGAAGUACGUCGACACUUUGAAAGGACCUUUAAGGAAACCUCCUUUACCGUUGGUAUCUGGCCCUUACCUCCUUCUCCUCACCAUCUAGUGUGGAAUUCCACUACCGAGACUUUAUUCUGGGUUGGAUUCCGUACCUUCAGUCGGAAAAAGAACAAGCCCUGGGAUAAGGGUUGGCUGCCUACGUGGGACCUCGUUAAGACCCCGAAAUAA